UGGCCCUCAACUGCUCCCUCCUGCCCUGAGGCUAUGGGAGUAAAUCCAGGAAGAUGAGAAACUGCCAGACUGGGUGUCAGGCCGAUGGAGAGCAGCUCCCCCCUUUCCAAGAUAAGUCUGCCCUGCAGAGCAAACCUCAGAGGCACCCUGGCAUGCCCUGAGCCCAGCCGAGGGAGGGGCCAGCCCUUUAUAGGCAUGGGGCUGCUUCCCGUUAACACACCCUCUGCCUCUUCCCCCUCGUACCUGCAGGCUUGGCUAAUGAGGGCCUGUCACCAGGCCCCAGGACUGAGUCACCCACACUAGUGACAGGUCUCUCUUCCUUCCCCAACAACUGUUCCACAUGCCUGCCUUUCAAUUAAUACCCACCCUCCUGGGGCCCCUCCCUCGCAGACACUUGGGGGGCUGAAGGGGGUUAGGGCCCCAGGCAGAGAGGCUGCAGGGGGAAAAGGAAGCAACAGUGGUGACACACAAAGCAGGGCUGCCCCCAGAGUCCUCAGGGGAAUCCAAAGCUCCCCAGUGCCCGGGGGUGUUGGCCAUGGCUGGCCCAAUCCCAGCCCGCAGAUGCUGCAAUUACCUAAGAGCAUGAAACCUGGCUUCCCACCUGACUGAGUCACCUGAAAACAACAAUCCCCACUGCCACGCACCGGCACAAACAGCCAAGCCACUCAUCAGAGUCCGGGCGCUGCGGCGGAGAGGCCAAGUGCAGGGGACGGGAAGGCAAGGCGAGCUCGGGCCCACCCAGAGCGGAGGCCCCUGGGGAAGCAGCCCAGGCUGCUCCAGCACCGCAACAUCCAUCAUUGGCACCUCAGGUGGGGCUGCCCGCCCUCCGACUCCAGUAAGUGCUGCUUCUUCCUCCUGGGGUUUUUUCCCACUGUCCGAUCAAGUAACCAGGCCAAGCCUAUCCCUCUGGGAAACUCCUGUUGCCAGGAACUCCCACCUCUGGGCUCUCCCGGACAAAAGCACCCUCGUCCCAGGACCUCUUGCUGCCGUCCAAGAUGCUGGCCAAAAGUCUGUGCUUCUAGCCAGGGCUGUCCCCACCGCUCUAGCCAGUCACUGCUCCAGCAGGGACCCCAUGGUGACUAGCUACUCUUGAACUGGGCUGCUUGUCUGCUGGCUCCCCUGCAUGCCAUGGAGACCUGGCGGAAAGGCUCCUUCCGCAAUGCCUCCUUCUUCAAGCGACUGAGCCUGGGGCGGCCACAGCGACUCCGGCGACAGGGCAGCGUGCUCAGCCAGGCGAGCACAGCUGGCGGGGACCACGAGGAGUACAGCAACCGAGAAGUCAUCCGGGAGUUGAGAGGGCGGCCAGAUGGCCGGCGCCUGCCUCUGUGGGGGGAUGAGCAGCCCCGGGCCACCCUGCUGGCCCCGCCCAAGCCUCCCCGCCUCUACCGAGAGAGCUCCAGCUGCCCCAACAUCCUGGAGCCCCCGCCCGCCUACUCGGCCACCCUGCCCUCUGCGCUCUCACUGGCGGGCACCCUCCACCACUACUCUGACAAUGACCUUCUGGACACUCCCCCCUUCCAGGGGACACCUGCUCCAGACCUCAGUGAUCCCUUCUUCUCCUUCAAAGUGGACUUGGGGAUUUCACUUCUUGAGGAAGUUCUACAGAUACUGAGGGAGCAAUUUCCGAACGAACCUAGCUUCUGAAUGGGGUGUGGGUGGGCAGAGGUGGGGUCACUGGAAGAGCCGGAAGCCUGGAAGGAGGGUACAGCUGCAGAUUCAGGAGAAUUAGGGAUAGAAAUCCAGGGUCCUGCCUGCCCUCCAGGUCCUGAAGUCCUCCACAUCACCUGGGAGCGGAGGCACAGAAGCAAGCUGGAAGUGCUAUGAGGGGGCACUUGGUGGCAGGAGCCCUGAAGGCAGUUGGCCGGGCUGGGCAAGGGAGGCCACGCCUGUAACCACAGGAACAGGGCAGAGGCCAGCAGAGGAGGAGGACAGCACAAGGGGUGAGUCCGGGGGAGUGGAGGACAUGCAGACUGCGCGGGUCAGACAGGUGUCCUGCACCGGCCCCUCAGAAGCCACUGUUAACAGAGAGGCAUCACAGGAUAGGGUGAGGCAAAAUG